GUCAAAGAGGCAGCUACUGGAGGUCUGUUUCCAAACCUCCCCUCUGGUGCGAAUCUCUUCUCUUCCUCCUUGCCUGCACCUUCUUAAAAUCGCCGGAAUCUCUGAUCACUGACCUUGACAGGUCUACAUCCAUGUGGAGUUUAUCUGCUUAAUGUUCUGCACGGCUUUCCAGGGCGGUGACUGAACGGAGACCCCCGCGGCAGAGAGGGAAGGAGCUCUGGUCAAGCCUCGGUAAAUGGCGCGGUGAAGAUGAGAAUGUUCCAGAAGGUUCUGCAUGGGUUGUCUGCCCCACGGUGCCAGGGCACCGGGCUCGCUCUGCUGCUGCUUGGAGUGCACAUGCUGACGGCCGCCCGUUCACCAACCUUCACCAUUGGCCUGGUGGGGCCCUGGCGGUGCGACCCGGUGCUUUCCAGGGCCCUGCCAGAGCUGGCCGCCGGCUUGGCCAUCCAAACCAUCAACUGGGACCCGUCCGUCAGCCCGGCUUACCACUUCGAUUACACAGUGCUUGACGAGGAGUGUCGGACGGCGCAGGGCCUGGCUGACUUCGCCAGGCUGGAGCAGCAUGCCUCGGGCUUCGUUGGGCCUCUCAACCCCGGCUACUGCUCGGCGGCUGGCCUCCUGGCCAAGGGUUGGGGCAAGCCGCUGGUUUCCUGGGCCUGCCCGGAUCCCGACCCGGGCCGUAGCCCUCCUCGUCGUCGGGAGUUGAGCCACCAGGCCUUCGUCAGGCCCAUCCCCUCGGCCGCCGCCGUCUUGCUCCGGGUGCUCGAGCACUUUGGCUGGGCGCGGGUGGCCGUGGUGAGCUCGGAGCAGGAGCUCUGGGUGGAGACGGCCCGGGCGUUGGUCGACGGCCUGAGGCGCCGAGGCCUCCCUGUCAGCCUGCUGCUCACCGCGGAGAGCAGGCCCCAGGCCCAGCCUGAGGAGGCUGCCGCGGACAUCCUCAACCGCAUCCGAGAAAUGGACGGUGUGAGAGUCGUGGUCAUGUGCAUGCACUCGGUCUUGGUGGGAGGCAAAGACCAGCAGUUGUUCCUCCAGCAAGUGGACAAGAUGCAGAUGGCCGAUGGGAGAUACGUGUUCAUUCCGUUUGACACCAUCCAUUACAGCCUUCCAUAUCAGAAUGCUAGCUACCCAGUGCUGGCUGGCAAUGCCAGAUUGCGACGCUCCUAUGACGCCGUACUCACCAUCACCAUGGAUUCCAAGGAUAAAGACUUCCAUCAGGUCCUGGGAGAGGUUCUGGAAAAGAAUAACAUCCGGAUGUCUCUGAAGCCAACCCAGGUCUCCCCAUUAUUUGGCACCAUCUACAAUGCAAUAUACUACUUGGCCAAAGCAGUGGACAGUGCCUACCAGGGAAGCAAGGGGGUGGCUGAGACAAGCAUCGCCCAACACACCAGUGGGAUGGAGUUUGAAGGAUUUAACCAAGCCAUGCAGACGGACAAAGAUGGAGUAGUCAUUGCUGACUAUGUGGUUUUGGACACUGAUGGGAGGGGGAGCCGACUGAAGGCAACUCACUCAAUCAACAUGGCUACAGGAACCUUGAAAUAUCUUGGCACUGCCAUCCAUUUCCCACAGGGCUCAGUCCCUGGAACAGAUGCUGACUGCUGGUUUGAUUCCAAGGAAGUCUGUACAGGAGGAUUGGACCCAAUGUUUGUGCUGUUGGUGUUUACCAUGGUCUGUUGUAUGAUUCUGAUCUGUGGAGCCACAACCUAUUCCUUCAGGAAGCGCUUCCUGAAACCACACCUGUCGGCAGGACCCAACAAGAUCAUUCUCAGGCUGGAUGAUUUGGUGUUCAUUAACGCACAGCUCAGCCGUAAGAGAUUGAACGGUGAGAAUGAAACAUCUGUUUUAGGGAGAAGCGCCUUGGACUUGAAAACACCGAAACAUUCAACAUCGGGGAAAAGUUUUGCGGCAGCCACUCCUGAAACCAGCAACAUUGCCAUAUAUGAGGGAGACUGGGUAUGGCUGAAGAAGAUCAGGAAUGGAAAAUUUACCGAGGUCAAACCUUUGACCAAAACUGUGUUCUCUAAGAUCCAGGAAUUGAGACAUGAGAAUGUGAAUCCAUUCUUGGGGCUCUUUCAUGACUGUGAUAUCCUCGCAAUCGUCACUGAGCAUUGCUCCAGGGGGAGUCUGGAGGACCUCAUCACGAAUAAAGACAUGAAGCUCGACUGGAUGUUCAAAUCCUCCCUUCUUCUCGACCUGAUUAUGGGUAUGAAGUUUCUUCACCACCGACAACUGGUCCAUGGGCGUUUGAAAUCCAGGAACUGUGUGGUAGACGGAAGAUUUGUCUUAAAGGUGACGGACUAUGGUUAUAAUGAGUUACUGGAAGUUCAAAAUGUUACAUGGAUGGAUCCGAAGCCAGAAGACCGGUUUUGGACGGCCCCGGAGCUUCUUCGAGAUCCGAGCCUCGAGAAGGUGGGGACUUUCUGCGGAGAUGUCUACAGCUUCUCCAUCAUCAUGCAGGAAGUGAUCGUGCGAGGACCUCCAUUCUCCAUGCUGGACCUGAGUCCCAAUGAUAUUGUCAAGAAAGUACAGAAGCCUCCGCCACUGUGCCGGCCCUCCGUCUCACCAGAUCUUGCUCCCAUGGAGUGUAUCCAGAUCAUGAAACAAUGUUGGAGUGAGCAGCCUGAGAGACGACCCAACUUUGACCAGAUCUUUGACCAGUUUAAAAACAUUAACAAGGGCAAGAAGACAAACAUUAUCGACUCGAUGCUGCGGAUGCUGGAGCAAUACUCCAGCAAUCUGGAGGACCUGAUCAAGGAGAGGACGGAGGAGCUGGAGAUCGAGAAGCAGAAAACCGAUCAGCUCCUAACGCAGAUGUUGCCAUACUCUGUCGCCCAGGCACUGAAGACGGGGGACCCGGUGGAGCCUGAACAUUUUGAGCAGGUGACCAUCUACUUCAGCGACAUUGUUGGUUUCACCACCAUCUCAGCCAUGAGCGAUCCCAUCGAGGUGGUUGACCUUCUCAACGACCUUUACACUUUGUUCGACGCCAUCAUCGGAUCCCACGAUGUCUACAAGGUUGAAACGAUUGGAGACGCGUACAUGGUAGCAUCCGGCCUUCCGACUCGCAAUGGGGACCGACAUGCGGCAGAAAUUGCUAACAUGUCCCUGGACAUCCUCAGCAGCAUCGGCACCUUCAAGAUGAGGCACAUGCCCGAGGUUCCAGUGCGGAUCCGAGUCGGAUUGCACUCAGGUCCGUGUGUAGCAGGGGUGGUAGGACUGACCAUGCCAAGGUACUGCCUCUUCGGAGACACAGUCAACACUGCUUCACGGAUGGAGUCCACCGGCUUGCCCUAUCGAAUCCACUUGAAUGAAAGCACAGUCACCAUUUUAAUGAACCUCAACCUGGGCUACAAAGUCGAACUGCGAGGGAAGACAGAAUUGAAGAGCCAGUAACCAUGGCCUUAAUUUGGAGGAGGUACCCCUAGGCAGAAGACAGAAGCUGAUGAAUGUACGCAAUGUGAAAUAGCUUGUCACAAACGCAGACCAGGGGGCCAAUAACAAUGCACCUGCUCCCAGGCACCAAAAGGCGGCCUUGCAUUUCUGUAGCGCCUUUUCACGGCCCAAGGAUGCCACAGACGCUUCGCAGCCAAUGACGACGCGCUUUUUUGAGCGGAAGUGGAGUUAAUAUUGUGUGGUUGGAGAUGUGGUGGUUAGUUGGCACACAGGAAGCGACAAUGCGAUUAGGGCGACCAGGUUGUCUGUUUAUUUUGGACAAAAAAAUAAUGUGAAUGGAAUGAUAAAUCCAGGUCCCCAGUGCACCAGGGAGCACAUAUCCCUGCCCUCCCAAAUGACUUUGAAGUCAGGCUGUGCAUCGGUCUAUGACCCUCUUCUGCUUCCCACUACCUAGGGAGGGUAGUUCGUCUGGAAGGUGGCAUCCCUGGGCAACGCAGCAUUCCCUCUGCACUCAAAUAUCUGGAGCAAGGAUUGGACCCAGGAACUGUGCCUUUCAGGGGAGAGGCCGUCAUGAUGACAGCUGCUUGGGAACUGUGAUGGCACUUCAAGUGGAUGUUUCCUUCACGUCGCCCACUCGUUACUGGCCUGUCCACCUCAAAGCAUUUUCAAGUACCUUUCGAUUGUGGUAUUGACGGAAACAGGGCCAAGAAAUCCAUGCACAGCAAGCUCCUGCAAAACAGCUCCGUGAUCGCCAUCGAAUGUUCCAAGCUCACGAUGUCGCCUGGAGAAUAAAUAUUGGCCCCAGGAUGACGAGGGUUUCUUUCUCUGCCCCCUUGCUCGAAAGAGGGCACUCUCAGCUGUGCUGCACCCCCUCAGUCACACACCGGGGAUGGAUGUCAGCCUGAAUGCUGUUGUUCUAGUCUCUGGAUUGGAGGCCUUGACCCCCAACUUCCAGGCCCCAGUGAGAGAGAGUGCGAGGAAGUGCUUGCUGCCCAAUGGUCAGGGACCGACAUGUUUCCUAAAUAAAAGCUGUUUCUACAUUUGCGCCAGUUGUGAAACUGCGUGUUCCCUCACUCUGUGGCCCAGAGCAGCGGUCAAAGGCGCAUUCCUAUUGCGCUGCCGACAUAGCACAAAGGAGAAACAAUUCUGAGGCUCUUAUCCAGGAAAAACACAAAGGUGGGCAAUCUCCACCGAGGGCUGGCACACUUGCUGAUUGAACUGGCACCUGUGCCGUAGCUCCGAGUGCCGCGUAAAAUAUUUACCUUUCGGGACUCUCACCGUUAAUAAAGCCAUUGUUUUUAGCAAUGUAUGACAAAGUUUGUGACCUGUGUGUGGAAAAUGUGCUCCAAUCCACACUGUUGUGAGCAGGCUAUAUGACAUGGCAGUGUUUAGCAGAACUAUCUGAGACACUGUGGGUGGACUCAUUUUCUCCCCCCCCCCCCGACAAGAGUCUGGCCUGUUUCUCCUGAGACCAGGUGUUGUGAACCUUGUGCUGAGGUGUCAGUUCUGGGGAAAGCAAAGUUUGGGUCCUUUUCUUUAAAAAAAAAUGAAGACAAAAGGAGGUGGGGUCAGGCUCUCACAGAGCCAGGCUUUUAGUUUUUGUUUUCAUUGCAGUUUCUUUGGAGUUGGAGCUGCUAGAUACAUCUCUCUCGCUGUCUCUCUCUCUCUCUGUCUCUGUCUCUCUGUCUCU